AUGGUGAUGGAGAACUCCUUGCAGACUAAUGGCGGCACACAAGGGGAUAUUUCCCCCACGCUGCCCAGGGACAUUCUCUGUGGUCUAAGUAUCGACAUCCGUAAUGACAUCAGUGAGUUCAAGAGUCUGGAGAACUGCACGGUGGUGGAGGGCUUCCUGCAGAUCCUCCUCAUCGGAGACAAGACCAACAACCUCAACCAGGAGCUCUUCCGCUCCCUCAGCUUCCCCAAGCUGACCGUCAUCACCGACUACCUGCUCCUGUUCCGCGUCUCCGGCCUGGACAGCCUCAGCACGCUCUUCCCCAACCUCAACGUCAUCCGCGGACGCAACCUCUUCUACAACUACGCCCUGGUGAUCUUCGAGAUGACCAGUUUGAAGGACAUUGGCCUGUACAACCUGAGGAACAUCACACGAGGGGCUAUCCGGAUCGAGAAGAACCCGGAGCUCUGCUACCUGGACUCUGUGGACUGGUCUCUCAUCAUGGACGCAGAGUUCAACAACUUCAUCGCGGGGAACAAGCAGUCCAAGGAGUGUGGUGAUGUGUGUCCAGGCAUCACGGAGGACAACGCUCAGUGCAUCAAGACCAGCUUUAACGGCAACUUUAACUCUCGCUGCUGGACAUCCAACCACUGCCAGAAAGUGUGCCCAGAGAAGAAGUGUGAGCGGAGGGCAUGUACGGACAGUGGUGAAUGUUGCCAUGCCCAGUGCCUGGGAAGCUGUACGGAGCCGGACGACAACAUGGCCUGCGCAGCCUGCCUGCACUACUACCACGAGGGACGCUGCGUGCAGGACUGCCCCCCAGACACUUACAAGUUUGAGGGAUGGCGCUGCAUCACCAUGGACCUGUGUGCCCGCGUGCACCUGCCCAGCGACUUUGACUUUGUCAUUCACGAAGGAGAGUGCAUGCCUGAGUGUCCAUCAGGCUUUACACGCAAUGAGAGCAAUAGUAUGUUCUGCAGUGCCUGUGAUGGCCUGUGUGAUAAGAUCUGUGACUCCAAGACCAUCGACUCAGUGGAUGCUGCUCAGUCUCUAAUGGGCUGCACAGUCAUCAAAGGCAACCUCCACAUCAACAUCCGCCGUGGCAAUAACAUCGCCUCAGAGCUGGAAAGCUUCAUGGGGCUGAUCCAGACAGUGACAGGCUAUGUGAGGAUCCGCCACUCCCACACUCUAGGCUCGCUCUCCUUCCUCAAGAGCCUGCGCUACAUCAACGGGGAGGAGCUCAUGGAAGGGAUGUAUGCUUUCUCUGCCAUCGACAACCAGCGCCUGCAGUACCUGUGGGACUGGACCCAACACAACUUGACCAUCAGGGCUGGGAGGCUGUCCUUCCGUUUCAACCCCAAACUCUGCAUGUCUGAGAUACACAAGAUGUGGGAGAUGACGGGCAUCACUGAGAAGUUUGAGGAGGACGAUUUCCGAAACAAUGGGGACAGAGCCAGCUGUGAGAGCCACAUCCUGAAGUUCAAGUCCAACAGCACGGUGAGUAACCGGAUCAAGCUGACCUGGGAGCGCUACAGACCACCAGACUACAGAGACCUCAUCAGCUUCAUUGUCUACUACAAGGAGGCACCGCACCAGAACAUCACAGAGUUUGAUGGCCAGGAUGGGUGUGGCUCCAACAGUUGGAACAUGGUUGACGUGGACCUGCCUCAGGACAAAGAGAUAGACCCUGGCGUGUUGCUGUCCCCACUGAAGCCCUGGACCCAGUACGCCAUCUUUGUCAAGGCCAUCACCCUUGUCGUGGAGGACAAACACAUCCCGGGAGCCAAGAGUGACGUGGUCUACAUACGUACCAGACCCUCAGAGCCGUCUAUGCCAAUGGAUGCCCGUGCGUAUGCCAACUCAUCCUCAAAGCUGGUGGUGAAAUGGUCACCUCCCCUCAACCCUAACGGCAAUCUCACUUUUUACCUGAUCCGCUGGCAGCAGCAAGCUGAAGACAGGGAGUUGUACCAACACAACUACUGCUCCAAAGAGCUAAAGAUCCCCAUCAGGAUAUCAGCCACGGGGUUGGCAGACAUGGAGGAGGACACCAAGCCCACCAAGUCUGACCUGUCUGGGGGGGAUAAGGGCCCUUGCUGCCCCUGCCCCAAGACCAAGGAGGACCUGAAGGCAGAGAUAGACGACGCCUCCUACCGCAAAGUCUUUGAGAACUUCCUGCACAACUCCAUCUUCACCCCCAGACCCCCAGACCGGCGACGUAGGGAUCUAUUUGGGGUGGCUAACAGCACCCUGGCACGGGGUGGCAACACCACAGGCCUGGAGGGUAAUAGGACAGAAGGAGAGCCCCCUGAGAGGGAGUUCCCCUUCAUGGAGGACCGGAGCAAGACAGAGUUUAUCGAGAUCCCCAACCUGCAGCCCUUCACUGUGUACCGCAUCGACAUCCAUGCAUGCAACCAGGAGGUCCGUCGCUGCAGCGCUGGAGCCUUCGUCUUCUCCAGGACGAAACCUGCAGACAAAGCGGAUGACAUGCCAGGCAGCGUGAUCCAGGAGAGGGAUGAGAAGGUGGAGGGGUCGGUGCUGCUGAGGUGGCCGGAGCCUGUCAACCCCAAUGGCCUCAUCCUGAUGUAUGAGAUCAAGUUCCGCCAGGGCACCGAGCCUGAGAAACACGAGUGUGUGUCACGCCAGCACUACCGUGUUCACAAAGGAACUCGUCUGACCAACCUGGGCUAUGGGAACUACUCUGCCCGCGUGCGUGCCACCUCCCUGGCAGGAAACGGGUCCUGGACUGAGCCAGUGUCCUUCUACGUGCCCCCACCCAAACGGGACUAUGACAACGCAUUCUAUCUGGUCAUCAUCAUCCCCAUCAUCGUGAUAAUUCUCAUCGCCAGCCUCAUCACUGUACUCUUCUUUAUCAACAAAAAGAGGAACAGUGACAGGCUGGGGAAUGGUGUCCUCUAUGCUUCUGUUAACCCUGAGUACUUCAGUGCGGCUGAGAUGUAUGUUCCAGACGAGUGGGAGGUGGCCAGGGAGAAAAUCACCAUGCACAAGGAGUUGGGCCAGGGUUCCUUCGGCAUGGUGUAUGAGGGCCUGGCUAAGGGCGUGGUUAAAGACGACCCAGAGACCCGCGUGGCCAUCAAGACAGUCAACGAGUCAGCCAGCAUGAGGGAGAGGAUCGAGUUCCUCAAUGAGGCCUCUGUCAUGAAGGAGUUCAACUGUUACCACGUGGUGCGUCUGCUGGGCGUGGUCUCUCAGGGCCAGCCCACCUUGGUGAUAAUGGAGCUGAUGACCCGUGGAGACCUGAAGAGCCACCUGCGAUCACUCCGGAAAGAGAACACGUCCAGCCAGGUUCUGCCCCCGCUGAAGAAGAUGAUCCAGAUGGCAGGAGAGAUUGCGGACGGCAUGGCAUACCUCAACGCCAACAAGUUUGUCCACAGAGACCUGGCUGCCAGGAACUGCAUGGUGGCGGAGGACUUCACCGUCAAGAUCGGAGACUUUGGCAUGACGCGAGACAUCUACGAGACGGAUUACUAUCGGAAAGGAGGAAAGGGCCUUCUGCCGGUCCGCUGGAUGUCCCCAGAGUCGCUGAAAGAUGGCGUGUUCACCACAAAUUCUGAUGUCUGGUCGUUUGGGGUGGUGUUGUGGGAGAUUGCCACCUUGUCUGAGCAGCCGUACCAGGGCAUGUCCAACGAGCAGGUGCUGCGUUUCGUCAUGGAAGGAGGACUCCUGGACAAGCCUGACAACUGCCCUGACAUGCUGUUUGAACUGAUGCGGAUGUGCUGGCAGUACAACCCCAAGAUGCGUCCCUCCUUCCUGGAGAUCAUCAACAGCCUCAAGGAGGAGCUGGAGCCUCCGUUCAGUGAGAUGAGCUUCUUCUUCAGCAAGGAGAACAAGCCCCCGGACACUGAGGAGCUGGACAUGGAGGUGGAGAACAUGGAGAAUGUGCCACUGGACCCUGCACCCAGCAGACCCCCCACUGCCGUCCCUCAGCCCUCCCAGGGACCUAUGGGGGCCACACGGGGCUCAGCGCCCCCUCCUCCCCAGCAGUUAUCUCAAAUACAAGGCCCUUCUAGUACCCUGAUGGGACCUGGCUCCCCCUCCACCUCAGCCCCUGCUGCCUCUGCCUCAGCCUCCCCAAGCCUGGCUUUGGACAAGCAUUCAGCACAGGUAUCGGCCAACGGGCCAGUGGUAGUGCUACGGCCCAACUUUGAGGACACGCAGAACUACGCCCACAUGAACGGGGGGCGCAAGAACGAGCGGGCGCUGCCACUGCCCCAGUCUUCAGCCUGCUGAUCCCUAGCCCCCCUCCUCUCCCCUCAGCCAGAUCACCCCUCUCCGCCUCCUCUUCUCAGACAGGGUAACAUAAACUUCUCCUCCGCUUUAGUUCUAAUGGGGGGAUGGAUGAGUGAGUAACUGACAGACAUUAUACUACUCUACUGCAGUAGGAGUCUUUUCUUAAAAAAUAAAAAUAUUAACAAGAUUUAUGAUUGAAUACCGAGACUGAGAAACAGUACAGAAACCUGUUAAAGCAUUUGGAGCAUGGUGGCUCAAACCGAACUACAACACUGGGGAGCUCUGGUGUUUCCUUCUUGUAGAGUAUUUGUUACUUUUUUUAAAUCCUUAAAGAAAGACAAAAAUACAGACUUAUUAAUAUUCCCUGACUGACAGGUAUUGUAAGUGAGAGACAAUAACUUAUUUUAAACAUAUCUGCCAGCAGAUCCGACAGAAGAGCACUUUUUGUUGAUUUCAGAGAGAAGGUUGUAUAUAUCUGAUUGUGUAUUUCUAUACAAACACAUGAUUCUCUUGACAGUAAGAUAUAGCUCCUCUUCCACACUUCUUUCCAUCAAUAUACUUCUCCUCCCAUAUUUCAGACAUUGAUGUGUUCUGGACUAGGCUCAUUGGUUUUCCUGUCAAUAUUCCGGGGUAGGAGGGAAUGUUUCAGGAGUGGGUAGAUAGGAUAGAGGGGCUAUUGUAAAUCUGCCAUAUGUUUUGCCAAAUCAAAGUUAGCAAUUUUCUCCCUCCUGCUCUUCAUUUCUCUCUUUGAUUGGACAUGGAGAGAAACACAAUCAAGCAUCCUAAAACUCCCACAUUGCUGUUUCUUUUCUUUUUCUACUUCACAAUUACAAUCAAAUUGUAAAAGGAAUUUGCCUGUUUUCUUUUCUGGGGUUUUUCGGGUUCACAUCAGAGCCCUUAUUUGGAGUCCUAUUUUAUUGUAUGUGUCAUCUGAGAGAUGAAAACACCAACAUCACCAACAGAGACAUUGAACAAAAAAGGACUUGGCGCCAAAAUUACAACACAUACAGAGACAAACCUGAAGUGGAAGGUAUUGGAUCAGUUCUGAUACAAGGAGAACUAAAGGACUUAACAGAACUCCACGUUGUGAGCAUACAUAAGUCUGCUAAAGGCAUUGUACACAGCAGGUAUUUUUUUUAGACUAGUCAUUAGUCUCUCUGUACAAUUCAAACAUUUAUAUAAAGGUCUUACAGUUGUAUGUUAGACCUUAGGAUCAUUUUCACACACACAUCAUUGGUUUGUCACUUUUAUAACUUUUAUACGGUUCAGAUGUUCUCUUCUAUGUCUGUACAGAAUAAAGCUGCUAUUUUUUUCUUUUUCUUUUUUGGAUGUUAUAUAUAUAAAGAAAUCCUUCAGGUUGACUAUUUUAUGAUCUCCACUACAGUCCAUUUCUUAUGCUUCAUACUUCUAGCAAAAACAAUAUUUAAAAAAAGGACCUUUCUCUCUUCUUUACCCCAGAACAGGUUGUCUGUAUCACAACAUAUUGUCCAUUGCCUUUUAUUUUUUAUGAACAUGUUUUUCUUUGCAUUCUUUUUUGUAGAUUUCUAUAUAAUUAUCAUUAUUAUUAUUAUUAUUAGUUCGAAUGGACACCGGAGCUCCGUGUGCGAGUGUGUACGUUUGGCACCCUUUUUGUACCAGUUGUCUAGUACCUAGUUAUUGCCCCCUAGGUGCAACUUAAUCUCAGGUCGAAGUACAUGUUUUGCUUUCUCCAUACAUUCUCAUUACUGUCCUCUGCUUGUUUCACCUCUCUGUCGAGUCCAAUAGUGCCCUCUCCCCUCCAGCCCCACACUGAAAUGUGCAGUAUACCUGCCUCCCCCAGUGCCUCCUUUUGAAGUCAGGAUUAGUUACACAGGAUCUUCUUUUUUCUACUGGAUCUGGUGUUUUAACCCAUCCAUUUUCCUGCCUCUCAAUUGAUAGGGCUAAUUGGGUUGUCUUGUUUGCCUUAAUGAUCCCAACCACUCGCCAUCCUCUCAAAGAAAGCUCAUCCAUAAUCAAAGUUCUCUUUUUGUGUCUUAGAUUUCAAGUGCAGCAUUACUGCUUAUUCUCCUUUAUCAUCCAUUUAAUUUGUGUUGUCAUACUCAGUCUCUUAUGAUCAAAGUGAAAACAGUUUCUAUUGUUUGUCUCCUUAAACAUGGCACCUGUAAACCAAAUAAGAAUGGGUUAAAGUCCAGGGAAGUGGUCACAUUUCAAUGUCAUAAAUUGAAUAGGUCUUACUGGGGGUGUCAGUAUGAAAAGUGUUUUUGAAGGAUUUCUCCUCAUCUUUUGAAAAAGUUUCCAGCUUUGAAGUUAUUCUCUGUAGGAUUGUUAUUUUUUUAAUUUAUUUUCCUUUUGUGAUAUCAGUUUAAAUCACUGUAUAAAUGCCCCUUCAUUCAUUAUAAAGUUGGAUUUUUGAUAUGUACUUUCUUUGGUGUCAUGGCUGAGGGACUUUCUUUUUCUUCCCUUCAAGUAUAUAUCUACCUCACUCUUUUUAAGUGUGUAUGAAAAGAAAAGUACGUCUCACCUUUUCUCAUUAGUCUGUAUAAGGUUAUAACAUUAUUAACAAAACACACCACACACAAACCCGGUUGGUGUAGAGAUGGGAUUGCGCUAGGGUGGCUCUAAUUUUAUAUCUGGUCCCAUGCUUAAAAAGUUCUGUAUCAACUACAUGUCAAAUCAAAUUUUAUUUGUCACAUGUGCCGAA